UUUUCUGACGUCAAUGUUUUUUUUUGCCGCCCACUCACAACCCGCUCUCGGCUUGUGCGGACUCUGAUCUGUAUGGAAUUUUGGAACAGACACCCUCAAAAGUAAUGGCAUUGAAGAUUGUUGACGCAUUUCGGUAGCCACAGGGGGUCGGAGCUGUGGUGCAUAAAAUGGGAAUGUUGCAACACGCUUUUGGUCCUGCAGAAAGUUUGAUGUUUCCUUCAUAAUCAAUCAUUCAAUCAUAACAAAAACACAAACAAACCAACUAUUCAAUUAGCUUCUGGUGCUCAUAUCAAGCAAUCGUACCUGUUACACGUACCAAAAGAACAACGUGCACAAACACACCCACAAAAUCAAAAUGUCUGGCCUCUUCGACAACAAGGACAACAAGGACUCGGGCGCAACCGGCGUCGCCAAGACGGGCACCACGACUGUCGGUAACACACUCUCUGGCUUGACCAACACGGUCGGUGGCGUGGUCGGUGGUGCCAGCCGCGGAGUUGGCGAGACCGUGUCGGGCGUCACGGGAGGACUGGGCAAGCCGCUCGGAGACGGAGUCGCCAACAUCGGAACAUCAGUCGAGAGCGGCGGUCAGAAUGUGGCCAAGAGCACGAGGGAUGCUGGGGAAUGGAAGACCAACAACUAAUUUGUAUGAAUUUUGAGAUUACAAUGAGAGCGAGAUGAUUUGUUUCGAUAAUUUUGGACGUUGAUGAUUUAUUUUUGCACAUCUAAUUCAACUGUCUACUAUUCUGAAUGCCUCGAUUCUUUGACUAUCUUCAUAUCAUGCGGUUCUUUUAGGGACUAUCUAGAAUGGUACAGCUUGAUUUUGACACUUGUAAACCCUUGAAAAUUUAAAAGACUGAAUCAUGACCAAGGGUGCAGCUAGUUACGUGUCAUUGACAUUUGACUGAAUAUGUUUCAAUUGCAAUAGGUACCUAUGUACCUAACGUUGAGCUCCA